UUGAAAAUAUUGAAUAGAAUUAUAGAUUUUUGAAAUUUAUUAAGUUAAAUAAUUGUUAAAAAUUGAGAGAAACGUGAGUAGAAUGAAAUUGAAGCGAAGUAAAGCGGAAAUAGCAGUUUUAAUAUAAAUUACAAGAAAUACAAAAACAAAGAAGGGAUUGCCAAACGGAGAAACGAAUUUAAAAUAGUAGAAAAUAAGGAAACUAUUCAUUUUUGAACCGUUGAAUAAAAUAGACGAGCUGCGAAAAAGUGGUUCAUAUUUUCUGAAGCAGAAAAUCUCUCGAACAUUCUCAAAAAUGAAUAAACCAGGUUCUAACUUGGAUCAAAACGAGACAGCCUACAACUGCGGAAGCUGUGACAGACCCGACCAUGAUGAGAGUCUGAUGGUUUACUGUGAGAGUUGCGAACGCUGGUUUCAUUUCACCUGCCAACAAGUGACAUCUGAUGUGAAAGAUGAUGACACCUGGGUGUGUACCGAUUGUUCUGCGAGUGGUGGAAAUCCGGAUCCUCCUGAGAUCACUGAUCCCGUUGAUGCAGAGCUAGCUGAGGCAGAAAAGGCCCUUGCCCGAGAGAGGGAGCUUUUCCAGAAACAAUUAAAAAAAAGGAUGGAGCUGGCGAAGAUGAAGCUGAAACUGGAAAAAGAGAAGCGGGAAAUGGAGUGGGAAUUUGAAAAGCAGGAGAUGAAAAUGCGAAUAGCAACAGAAGAAGAAUUUAAUAGAAAACGGCAGAUAGAAAAAGAUUGGAUGCAACGGAAAUUAGACAGUGUGAUUAAUGAACGAUCGGUAAUAGAAGAGAGUUUGAAGAAAAAGAAAGAUAAAACAAAGUCAAAACCCGUAGAUAAGAGUUUGAGACUAACAGGAGCGACAUCAUCAGAGUUUAGCGUUGGGAAACCGAGCAGUUCAACACCCUUAGAAGAUAGAAGAGUGCAGAUUAUUAGAAAGUCAGGACAAACAAAUCUGAAUCAUGAAGAGAAUGAUAGGGAAACACCUCGUCGUCGUAGUGCACGUGAGCGAGAGCGAUAAAGAUUCUGAAAA